UAGGUAUAAAUGUAGAGUAACUAAAUUGAUACAAAAUGACUGAUUGUAACUUUACUGCAGAAUCAGCAGCGCAGGUAAAUGCAGUAUUCGAAUUCUCUCAGAAGGCUGUCGCUGUCAGCACCAAGCCGAGCUAAAUGAUUAUCUGCAAUCCAAGUCCAUCAACCAGUUAUUCAUUCAGAUUGGUACGUCCUAAUUUGUCAAUUAGUCUUUACUGGAGCCGUCAAAGUGGAGUCACUGUUGAUCGAAAAGCCGGAUAAUCCCAUUGGUUUUAUUGUUGAGUUUUUACAGAAAAAGUAAUCAAUUAGAACUCAUCCGCGCGCCAGAAUCUUAGACGCAGGUAUCCUGAUCAAGUCUGUGAGAAAACAUUGGUCGGUAGUGAGGUGUCAAACAGAGCCGACCUUUUGAAAAAACCAGAAGAUUCGUUCGAUGAGGAUGACCUUGAUCAAGAAGAAGACUCCGAGAGUCGAGUUCUAGAAACAUCAAUCAAGCUGGCAAGGGCCAAAAAACGCAAAGCAGUCUGCUCAGAGGUCGCUCUGGAUGACCAAGACGAAAUAGCAGAAUUCGAGAAGGCCCCGGAUGCGAAACUGCGAAUCCUCCAGGUCUUGCAGCAAUAUACCUGUGUCUGGCUUCAUGUUCAUGCAGUACUUGUGCAACAUUCAUUGCCAUCCCUAGAGAACAUUUUCUGUUUCGUCACCUCGAACAGGAGCAAAGAGAACUAGUGACGAAGGCAAUGUCAAAGGUGGUGCUUAAACGUGGUGAAAUCGCUUUCACGCAAGGAGAAGAUGGCGACCAUUUUUACGUGGUUGAUAAAGGCAGUGUGGCAUGUUUUGAGCGAAGAGACGGGUCAGAACACGAAACAUUGGUCCAUACUUACAAUCCGGGUGGGACUUUUGGUGAUUUAUCUAUUAUGUAUAACACGCCAAGGGCCGCAACUUGCCGAGCGACAACUGAGUCCAGACUAUAUGCAUUGCCACGCAAAGUAUGUCCCACAGUGAACGAGAUCAACUUUUACCAGCAAUUCCCCGCAAACAGGCAUUUAAAGUGAUUGUCAUGAAGACAACUAUUGAAAAGCGCCUACAUAUAAAGAGUCUCCUACAAAAUGUACUUACAUCCCACAAGAGCCAAAUGCUGGCGGCGCUUACUCGUGAUAUACGCGCUAGGUUGAAAUUUUCAAAGAGCUUAAGGAGCAUGAAUUCUCGAAACUAGCGGAUGCAAUGCAGGAGGAAGCCUAUGAAGAAGGCGAUGUAAUUUGCCGUCAAGGCGACGUUGGUCAGCUUUGAAACGUGACCAGGAUGAUUUUUAUGAUACAACAGGUUCAAGCUUUUUCAUAAUCAAGCAGGGUACAGCAACCUGCAUCCAAGCGGACCCUCACGGAAACCAGCAAGAGGUCGCACAGCUCACCGCAUGUUUUCUGUGUGCUUUCUCCACCAUUUCAUCAUAUAUUUUGAUUAGACUGGUGACUAUUUUGGCGAAAUCGCGCUUCUCGCUAGCAAACCCCGCCAGGGGACGGUCAAGGCCACGGAAAAAAAUGGCACAUUAAAGUACGUACCACAUGCUAGGGCAACUCCCGCUUGCCAAGAUUCAUGAUGCAAUUAGGCUACUAUACGUGGAGCGAACCACCUUCAAUCGGAUUCUUGGUUCCAUCGAAGACAUACUUCGUCGAAACCAGUCCUACUGAACCAGUGUAUGCAAGAAAAACCAACGAAAAUGCUAUAGAACUAUAGGGCAGCAUACAAUAAGUUUUGGGCCGCUCAGAUCUGACAUAGUGGACCUUCAGGUAAACGGUACCGUGCUCUUCACAGCAACCACGACGACGCCUCGCUGCCAGUCACUGAGUGACGGAAACGUCAGCGCCAACAGUCUUCAGAAUUUUUCGGCCCGGAAAAAAGUCUAGGAUACUCCCUCGUAGUGUAUAUUGCAGCGGCUGCUAGUGCCGGCGACCCUCGGCCUCUACGCGUCUUACACACGGGGGAAACUCCCGGGCCGUUGCCAGCGAGCCCGGGCCUUACUAGUAUAUCGUAUACUAGUAUAGAUAGUACUAGCCUGAGCCUGAGUAUGGGACGAUAGCCUCAGGCUGACUACUCGGACUCGG